GAAUGUCCCGGAUGUCCGUCGUGAAGAAUAGCUGGGCUGCUUCACGUGCAUGAAACAAAACACACACACACACACACACAAACACACACGGUCAGUUGACAUGUCUGCGGUGCAGCGGAGACAGUGAAGCAGCAGCUGCUCCUCCUCUUCAUCACCGGCUCCGACAAACACGGUGAACGUCUCCGGGACAUUCGCGAACAUCCGGUGGACGCAGUCUGGUGAGACAUGGCAGAGGGCGACUUUGACCCUUGUGAGUGCAUCUGCACACAGGAGUACGCUAUGAGACGUCUCAUCAAUCUGCUGAGGCAAUCUCAGUCGUACUGCACAGACACUGAAUGUCCUCAGGAAUUGCCAAGUCCCAGCGGGCCGCUCGGAGGGGGAGGAGGAGGUGACCUGAUCCUCCCCAUGGUAAUGAUGGGAUGGGUGGUCGUGGCUCUGGUCCUGUUCCUGCUGCGUCCAUCUAGUCUUAGGGGACCACGUUCCACAGGCAAACCCACGGGACCCCACAAUAGCGAUGGAAGGGAGCCCCCAGCACCUCCCAUUGACUAGCAGUGGAGCCAGACAACCAUGACUCCUCCACCUGCUCUGACUGGAAGUGCACAGUUAUCUGCUAACUGUGACCAAGACAGCACCAUCUCCCUGUCCCCUCAUACAGAUAUCUUUAGCCUUUUUUUCUAACUGCUCAGCGUUGUUGGGUAAAUCUGUCUUUGAUUCUUGUUAGUAGAUCCCGACUGAUACUCGGUUGAUAAAGCGUUUGGUGAUAUAAUGACCAAUAUUCAAUUCUUACUUAAUGACUCAACAUGAACGAUUGUGACAGUUAUGUUUCAGCUUUGGUCUUUUCUUAAAACGUCAUAGAAACUUUUCAUAAUAACAAAAAUUAUAUAAUCUUAUUAAAAAAACUUAAAUUGAAAGAAAGUCAAUUCUGCAUAUCUUCUGACAUAUGUCAAUACAAUGUACCUGUUAUUAGCCAGUUUAAACAGAUAAUAUUGGUCAACAAUAUCAGCAUGUUUAUGAAUCAGUUGGGUUCUACAUUGUACCUCAACAUACCUUUAAUCAGGAGGUGUGGCCGGCUUCUGUGUCGAUCCCAGAUCUCAGACUGAUCCUCAAACAACGGAGAUGUGCGAUGAAGGCAUGGGUCACACGGGAUGCGGUUUGAAGAGGGAGGUAGCAGUGUAUUUUGGGUGGGCGGGUCAAUUGAUGUUUAGCUGAUUUGUGGAGGGUCAUGGGUCCUUUACAUUCUCUGAAACAUUCCUCUAAUUCCACUUGAAAGCCUCUGCACAGUGCCAGUAAUGAUGUCAUAUCCCACUUCACAGCACAUUCAAACCAGCACAAGUUACUCUGGGUCAGGAUUUAGUUUUCAAAUAACAUUACAUAUUGAUUUUAAUGUAACAUGUUCUUUUGUCUUUGCAUCCAGUUGACAAGAUCACCUGAGCCAGCAAAUAGUCAGAUUACUUACAUUCUGUUAACUAUUUCCAAUAGAGUCAGUCCCAUAAACUGAUGUUAAACAAUCAGUCUCAUCACCUAUUAAUGUUAUGUCUUAACAAAUCCACUGUAACACUGAACUUCAUUUUAAGUCAUGUUUGCAACAAAUUCCACUAUCCACUCUUCUUUGAGCUCUGAUUUUGGUCUCUACCACCUCUUGGGGCAAAUAUCUUUCACUUCAGCUGUUAAAUGAUCCUCUGUGUUCACCACCUGUCCUCUUUCUGUGUCAGUCUGCCAUUAUGUGCUGAGCAGGUAGUGCACAGUGGGAUUUAUGUGCUUUUCCUUUGAAAAUAGCCGACUGCACUGGGUGAAUAGGCUUUGAGAGUGGUGAGAGUGAACCAAACAGUAAAGUUUUCAACCAAACAGCUAAAAAAUGCAGCUCUUUAAAUUCAAAGGGAUCUGUAGAUUCAGGGGAUAAUUCUGUGUAUGGUCAUCACUACAACAAACCCCUCCCAGUCUUCACGUUUUCACUUGAUACAUUAUUAUCAUAGAAACACUAGAGCCACUUUAAGUAUCAGAUUACUUGUUUAUUGUAGUUAACAUGAUGAAGAAGAAAAUACAUUUGCAAUAUGUCGAUGUGGUAAGAUUUGAUGCACAAAAUAGUUCUUCCCUUUCACACUCAUUUUCAGGCAACCAGGGUUUAAUAGGUCUCGUAAUUGUAACACUUAAAUCAGCACAAGCAAAAUUAUUUUUAAUCAUGAAGAUUAUCUGUGUACUGGAAUAAUUUUAUUGAUAAAUUAAGUAACUGAUUAUUGUAUACUGACGUAUCAUUUUUAUCAGCACUUUUGCUGCGGUAUCUUGAUUUUGAAGGUGUAUUGAAAGAUGAAGGCCUGUUCUUCUUCUCAGCAGUUUGUGAUUACAGGGAGCGAUCCAUAGUUUAUACUUCACAACUUCUGUAUCAUAAAUAUAUGUCAAACCAGUGGAAAGGAUAGAAACGAGAAGGUGCAUUAUCAAACUGGGCCAAUGUCACGUGCUCAUCUUAGAGAACAGCUUUUUGUGACAGGACAAUAAUAUUUUAGUUCAGAUUUAUUUUAGAUUCAUGUCAGGGACAAUGAAAUCAUCUGCAGUUGGAUUUGUUGACACUUUUUCCUGUUUUUAGCAUGGUUUAUGUUACAGGGUUAUUUUUCUUACAUCGGUAAAUCUUGUUCAAAAGCUGCUCUACUAAAUUAGUUAUUGAUUUAAUAUCUAUAUGACUUUAAUGGAGGUGUUUCAGUUAAAGAUGAAGUGAACAGAAUAAUAGAAACCCCGUAAUGCACCAACAUGUGUAUGUAAAUAUGGGUGGAUGUGUACAACAGUGCAACAGCAACACAAACUGAAGCCUCAAAGUUUGGGGCUUUGAAACAAUCUUAGAAUUAAUUUUUUUUUGUUUUGUCACUGUAUUAUAUGAAGUUCAGUUAUGCCCCAGUCAUGGGAACAUUGUUGAUAUUGUGUAUCUCUGUCUUACUCUCCAACAUAUAAUAUCAGACAUUAACGUCUUUUGAAUCUGGCCAUGAACUGGAGCAACUGUGGGAUCCCAACUUUCUUCAGUGGCUGGCUACUCUUAAUUUUUCAAAUCAAUUUAUUUUGUUAUUGACAUUUAUUUCUAGACUUUGGGGCUUUCUUUCUAGACUCAGAUAUGACGGGGAGGAGAUAGAUGGAAAAUCUUCGACAAACAACAAGUAGUCAUAAAUACCGAAGGGGGAAGCCCAUUGGGAAGUAAAUGGUUGAGAUGAACACCUGGACGAUCUGGUAUCAGAGGAGAUCUUGAUUUACACUGUUAAUCUUGAAGAGUAAAAGGGCUUCAACUAUGCACUUUCCUAUAACAAAACAAAAAAUAAAAUAAAAAAUCAGUCUGA